UCGCAGCAAGCAAGCUCGAAGCUCCAAAUCCCUACUCUAGCACAAAGGACGUAAGUCUUACAACAAUCCAAGAAAUCCCGGGACGACGAAGUAUUUCCUUUGGAGUUCUUCAGCUGGAGCGCAACCGAAAGUUCCUCGAUUCUAUCCCCUUACAUCUACUCCGAAGCUCCAACUAUGUCUGCCCCCACGAAAUACAUGCUGGUAUCUCUACCAACAUCUAUCUCUCCUUCCAGCGAUAAAGAUGAAGCUUUAACAGCUUUGCGAUCUACAAUUUCCCCGGAUAAUGGAACUACUAUACCAUUUAAGAUUCCUGAAUUCAAAAUCGGUACGCUGGAUGCAUUGGUUGGGCAAGCAGACGAUCUUGCAAAGUUGGAAAGUGCUUGUCAAGGUGUUGUAGCAAAAGUUGGGGAAUCUCUUCGCAAUUUAUUGGAAGGGGAUGAGAGCAAGAUUGCACAACAGAAAACUGUCAACGAUAGUGAGUCUAUUGAUCUGCGAGUUUGUGAUUAUGAUCAUGGGCUAAUGGUUUGCGUAUAGAACCAGCGGACCAAUACCUACGUACUUUUUCUUGGAACAAGGUCAAAUACCGUGCCGACAAGCCACUUGCAGAGUUAAUCGAUUCGUUACAAAAGGUUGGCAAUAUUCGCAGUGAGGGUUGAAGAGUUGCUGACAGAAUUUAGGAACUUGUUAGUAUCGAUAAUGAUGUUAAGGGUAAAAUGAACCAAUACAACCAAGUCAAGACAAAUCUUACAACAUUACAGCGGAAACAAACGUGAGAGCUUUGUGUUCUGAGGAUAUGGCAAAAUGCUAAUAACGUGAAGUGGAAAUCUCUCUACCAAAUCCCUUACUCCAGUCGUCGAUCCCAAAUUACUAGUACAGGACUCCGAAUACCUAGAAACUCACCUCGUCGUUGUUCCAACAAAUGUCAAAAAGGAUUUCCUCAAGACUUAUGAAACCAUAUCCCCUAUGGUUGUCCCAAGAUCCUCAGUGGAGGUUACCCACGAUGAUGAAUUCACAUUGUUUGCGGUUACAACAUUCAAAAAGUACAGCGCAGAAUUUCAACACAAAUGCAGAGAAAAUAAAUGGACUCCCCGCGAUUACAAGUAUGUAGAGGGUGGGCAGGAACAGGAAAAAAAGGAGGCCGAGCGAGUUGAAAAGGAUGAGCGCAAGGUAUGGGGUGAAGCUUUAAGGCUUAGUAGAACUGGCUGGAGUGAAGCUGUUAUGAUAUGGAUACAUGUCUUAACUUUGAGGGUAUUUGUUGAGACAGUCUUGAGAUAUGGAUUACCUCUGGAUUUCGUCUGUGGUCUGGUCAAGGUAUGAAUGCUAAGCCUAAGCUCUGUCAAUUUUUACUAAUUCCUCCCAGUCAAACCUUAAAGGAGCAAAGAAAGCGAAAACAGCCCUCGAUUCAGCAUAUGGUUACCUCGGAGGUAAUGCUUUUGGUCGAGACAAGAAAGGAAAGGCUCUAAAAGAUGAUUCAGCACUAUCAUCGGAGAUCGCUGCUGCUGGAGUUGGCGGACAAGAAGGCAAUGAAUACACGGCCUAUGUCUAUUAUGAAUUCGAAAUAAUUUAGAUAGCAUUGGGAGUUAUAUGAAUAUGGCGAGUGAAAGUUGGCGCAUGACAAUGGUUUCAUAUUUGUUGAAGCAUGCAUUUGUAUUAUUGUAUCGUAUUAAGAGAUAUCAACAAAGCAAUUAUUUCU